CUUCUCCAUCCCUUCCUUUUGAAAAUGUCCCCAUCAUCCCCUCCAUCAUAUACCAUCAUAUGGUCAUCAUCAUCCCUCUUGUGGUAGAACAUGAGCAGGAGCAUGGCCGGCCCCUUCGACGAUGUUUGUGACUAUCUAUUUAAGUCUGUGCUGGUCGGCGACAGCGCUGUUGGUAAGUCAAACCUCCUCUCAAGGUUCGCUCAAAAUGAAUUCCGCUUCGAUUCUAAACCAACCAUUGGGGUUGAAUUUGCUUACCGGAACAUGAGCGUCGGUGAUAAGACCAUCAAGAUACAGAUAUGGGAUACUGCCGGCCAAGAACGAUUUAGAGCAGUCACCAGCUCUUACUACAGAGGCGCUCUCGGCGCCUUGCUAGUCUAUGACAUAACACGGCGUGUGACGUUCGAUAAUAUGAAGAAAUGGUUAGAAGAGGUAAGGAAUUUCGGCCACUCCGACAUGGUGAUUGUGCUCGUUGGGAACAAAUCAGAUUUGGGUCACAUGAGGAAUGUUGGUGAAAGAGAAGGGCAGGAUUUCGCAGAGCAAGAAGGGCUUUGUUUCCUGGAGACAUCAGCAUUGGAAAAUAUAAAUGUCGAAGAGGCUUUUGUGCAGCUGAUCACAAAAAUUCAUAACAUCAAAACCCAAAAGAGCAUCGAAGCAAAGACUAGUGAGGCAACAGCACCUCGUGCCGGCCAAACAAUACUCAACAGCCAAACAGAAUUACUCAACAUAGACAAAGCAUCAGCAACUAAACGGGUAGGGUGUUGUUUUCAGUAA